AUCAAGGUUGUAAGAGAAAGUUCCAUUAUUCACUAUUUGUGAUUAAUAUAGCCAGGUUAGUCAUUGUAAAUUUUUAUUUUUCGACAUAAAACCUUCUAGUUCCAAAAAAAAAUCAAACGGUGUGUAUUUGUCUAACCGUGAAGUGGUGGAGACUGUACGAAUGCCAAAAAUGACAAAGAAAAAUUGAAGAAAAUGAAAUAUUUGUGGAUUACCAUAUGCGCAUUACAUGCAUGCAUUUUUGUUAGGAGUCAAGAAGAUGAAGGCCCUUAUAAAGGGAAAUACCUAGGAAAAUUAAAUUCAUACCAUCACCAAGUUUCUGGCGAUAUUUAUGUGAUAGAUGAGUACUCUAUACUCUUGUCAGAGUUCAGUUAUGAUGGCAAUGGGGCAGAUACCUUCUUCUGGGCAGGUUCUUCCAACAGACCAGGUCCUCAAGGCUUCAUAGUGCCUGACGAAUAUGGCCACACAAACGUUUUAGAACGUUAUUUGAACAAAGACUUCACACUAUCACUGCCAGACAAAAAGAAAAUCACAGAUAUAAGAUGGUUUGCUGUAUAUGACAUCUGGAGUCAGAACACAUUUGGUGACAUAUAUAUUCCUGAAGAAUUCGAACCACCCAACAUACAAAACGUUGGCCAAUUAGUUGGAAAGAAAAACAGUGUUUCUUCCGGUGACAUACAGAUUCUAGAUGCGAAAACUCUCCGAAUAAAACACUUCAAGUAUGAUGGCAAGGCUAAGGAAGCUUAUUUCUGGGUUGGAGUAGGUCCACAACCUGGACCAAAGGGCUUCAUAGUACCAGAUGAAAAUGGAUACUUGGAACCAAUAAGAAGCUACAACGAACAGACCAUAACUCUAGAACUGCCUGGAGAUCUCACAAUUUUCACCAUUGAUUGGUUUAGCAUUUACGAUCACAGCACCAAUGAAAAUUUGGGUUCAUUCAUAGUACCAGAUGGCUUGAACGUACCGCCAUCUUUAGUCAAAAUAAUUAGUCAUAAGAAUGAGCUCCCGAAUUGUCUUCAACUCCAUAAAGACUUCCAAGUUUCUUGGGAAAUUUUUGGUCCACAAAUAACCAUACAGUUGGCUGGUAAUAUUGCAGAAGAUGAGUAUAUGUCUUUUGGUAUUUCUGGAUCAGAUAGCCAAAGCCAGAUGUUGAAUUCUGAUGUUACAAUAGCCUAUAUAGAUGGUUAUAGAGGUUUUGCAACUGAUUAUAACAUUACAGCCCUUACGCCGUGCGUCAAAAUUCUGGGUCAAUAUAAAGGAGUCUGUAAAGAUGAUUUGGUAGGUGGUCAAGACAAUAACCAACUCCAUACAGCUGUCAGAGAAAAUGGAAUAAAUAUCAUCACUUAUCGAAGAUUCCUGAUAUCUCCGGACAGUGGUGACAAGGAAUAUUUAACCGAACAGCCUAUAUACAUAAUAUGGGCUCUAGGGAAAUUAGAUAGGAAUAAGGAACCAGCUUUUCAUGACAAAUAUCCCAAAGCGAAUAUCUCAAUAAUGGUAAACCCUAAAGAGCCUACAAACAAUUGUUUCGCGUUCACCAGAGAUGAGACAGGAAAAAAGAACAAAACAGAAAUUUGGGAGAAGGGAGAACUUGAUGGUAAAGCUUCCAGAAUCUUCAACGCCUACCUUGGUCCAUCUGGUGGUCUGAAAGGAUACCAAGGUUUAACAGGCCAACCUGCGACAGCCUUAUCCUUGUAUAUAAAUGGUAUGCUAGUGCCUGAGAUUUGGUUGAGGAGAGGUUUGACUUACGCUUUUAGGGUUUAUGGUGGUAACAACCCACAUAUGGCAGAACUGUACCAUCCCUUGAUAAUAACAGAUGAGCCACAUGGUGGUUUCGAUAAAUUAACUGAUGAACAACAGUCUAAAAUAAGGGUUCUAGCUGGAAUUGAAUAUUCUAGAAGAGGAAGACCAAGGCCCACUUCAGCUGGACCAUUGUGCCUUGCUCGACAUGCAGAAGACAGAGACAGAAGGUUAGACGAUGAUUUUCCUUCAUUUAAAAAAUUCAAUCGUUCAUUGGUCUACACCUGUGAAAAAGGCGAUCCUGCUAUUUUAGAAUUUACGCCAAAUACAUCUUGGCCGGACAUUGUAUAUUAUAACUCAUUCACGCAGUCCAACAUGGGAUGGAAAAUCCAUAUAAUAGAUACUUUUUCAAGUUUUUCAAGGUCGACUGGAAGUAGAAGAACCUCAUUAGCUUGGAGUCUUUUGACGAUAACUUUCUUGAAUUUUUACUUUAAAUGAUUUUUUUAUUGUUAUAUUAUUUAUUUGAUAAUUCUAAUUUGCUGUGACAAAAGUGAAAUAAAAGAUUAUAAAUAAUU